AUGAGAGCUCCUGCUGGAGACAACACAGACAGGCUGGAGGUUGAGACAAUACAUGGUUGAGUUCUCUGAGGGUUAGAGCAACUCAAAACCGAAUAAAGAGCACAGAGCCGCAGGCUGCUUCGACUCAACUGCUCCAGUUGGUUUCUGAUCAGUGGAGGAUGGACUUUAUCAAGCUGUUGUUCAUCAGAAAACACAGACUGAGAUGUUCUUUGACCAAAAUCACCCAUGCUGAGCAGACGACACAAUGAGUAGUAACACCACCCAAGGAAUGUGUCCAGGUGAGCCCCUGAACCUGCUUGCCUGCAUCCUCAUUGGGGCCCUCGCAUUCACCAUCCUGGUGUUCACACUGCUGGGGGUCGUGUGUCUCAGAAAAUAUCGCUCUUUGGUCCAGACCAUUCAACAGCUGGAGGGGAGCAAGUUGUUGCUGGGUGCUCUUCCUCAGCUGGAACCUCCCAUGAUGCCCUUGAGGCCGGUCCCAGCAGAGAGGGAGGAGGAGGAGGAUCCUCCUUCCCAAGCUCUCUUGCAGCAGAGCAGCACAGUCAGGUCCCCCUCCAGGAGGUUGUGGAAAAGCCUGCAGCAGGGUCCUCGUUUCACCAAGUCGGACCUGAACCUGCUGCAGCUGAUCAAAGCGGGGAAGGAGGGUGUCUUCUACCAGGCUAGGAUGACCAGAGGGACAUGUAAAGGCCACAAUAUGUUCACCUGCAAGAUCAGCAAGGAAGGUGUCCGACCCAAGCAUGUGGACACAGAAGUUUCCAUUAUGAGGAAACUGGUGCACCACAAGAACAUCCUCCAGAUACUGGACUGGAACACCACUGAGGAGCCUUACAUUCUGAUCCUGGAGUAUGUGAGCUAUGGCACUCUGAGGACCUUCCUGCAGACCAACAGAGUCCACCUGAGUGCAGACCCUGAGCUGCAGAGCCUCCUCACCAUUGCCUCCUACCACAUUGCUCUGGCCAUGCAGCACCUGCGCUCCAAAAUGAUCAUGCACUGUGACUUGGCUCUGAGGAACGUCAUGGUCAAUAAGUUUCCGUGGGAGGUGAAAUUGGCAGAGUUUGGCCUGGCCCGAGACUUAACACGCAUGACCAGCCGCCGCAGCAGCCGCUGGAGAAACCCACGGCAGCGUGUGCCUUUGCGCUGGUACCCACCUGAGUACUUCAAGAACAACUAUUACAGCUUCAAAGGAGACGUGUGGGCAUUUGGCAUCGUGCUGUGGGAGAUGCAGACAUUUGGUACACUGCCAUAUCCAGACCUGGAGACAUCAGAAGCAGUGGUGUACCACAUCUGUAUUGGUCAUAAGAACACAAACCCUGAAGGCUGCAGACCAGAAAUACUUCAUAUCAUGCAAGAUUGCUGGCUGGAGCCGUACACUCUGAGGCCCUCGUUCACAGACGUUGUCCGCAUGCUGGAGAACGUCAUUGAAAACGAUGCAGAUUAUGUGGAUGUUGAGAGUCCGCAGCUUUUGGUGAAAGAUGAGGCUGAAUAUCAUGAAGCUAAAUGUCUACGAGUAGCCAGCAUAACCUUGGACGAUCAAAGUCCCAUCUAAAUAAAUAUACCAAGACUCCGGAUCAAGCAGUAUUCUGAAAAUGUAUGUGUAUUUAAAACAAUACACAACUUUUUGCGUGACAAUUAUCUGUAUUGGGGCAGCCUUUCAAAUGCUGUUUCCAAUACAGCAACUGAAAGAUGAUGACACAAACAACUCAACAGGGAGAAAAAGUAAAUAAAACAAGUAGCAUAAUGUUACUUGUAUGGUUAAAAAAUAUGUAUUCAUAUUUUCUUGUUUGGCAUUGUAAAUUAAUCAUGUUCAGUGUUUCUACUUUAACUUUGAUUUUCUUCAUUUUUUAAAUCAAUUUUGAUAACUUAAUUAAAACACAAAUGUUAUAUAUGAUGUGCAUUAUUAUAAUAUAUAUUGUUACAAAAUAAA